CAUCGAAUAAAGAUAUCCAAAAAAAACACAAUUCAGAUCUGUGCUUCUUCAUCUUUCUUCUUCUUCAACCCAGAAAACACAAAAGUCAAAAACAAUGGCGCCGAGAGCAGAGAAGAAGCCAGCGGAGAAGAAACCAGCCUCCGAGAAGCCAGUAGAGGAGAAAUCAAAAGCCGAGAAAGCUCCGGCGGAGAAGAAACCAAAAGCCGGCAAGAAGCUCCCAAAAGAAGCUGGAGCUGGAGGCGACAAGAAGAAGAAGAUGAAGAAGAAGAGCGUCGAGACGUACAAGAUCUACAUCUUCAAGGUUCUGAAACAAGUUCAUCCAGAUAUUGGUAUUUCAAGCAAAGCUAUGGGGAUUAUGAACAGUUUCAUCAACGAUAUCUUCGAGAAGCUCGCUUCGGAGUCGUCUAAGCUCGCUAGGUACAACAAGAAACCUACGAUUACUUCUCGGGAGAUUCAGACUGCUGUGAGACUUGUUCUCCCUGGUGAGCUCGCUAAACACGCUGUUUCUGAAGGAACCAAAGCUGUUACCAAAUUCACCAGUUCUUGAAAAAAUUGGGAAUCUAGGGUUUUCUAAAUCUUGUUUUAGGGUUUCUACUUUCGUUUGUUAUCUGUUUUUUUUUUUUAAUUCUCGUUUCCCCCAGUUGUAAAGUAAUGUUAUGAAUCAAGAUUUGCGUUGUGUUCUUUAAAACUCA